CUACCUGUCUUGAAGUGUGUUUGAGUGGCGCUGCUGGAUGGACCAUGGGGCACUCUUUGCUCUGUGUGCUGUCGUUAUUCUGGCUGAUUACACUCCUCUCCUGUGGAUGCACUGAAUAUGCUGAGCUGACCUUUGAACCCAACUCAACCACUCUAUAUUCUGGGGAGCACAUUCAUUUCACGUGUCACAUGAGAGAAACAAAUGUCAGUGAGUGGUCUUAUGAAUUCAAGUGGAACGACAAACCACUGGUCCCCAUCAAUUCCACUAACGUCCUCAGGAUUCCAGAGCUAACGCCCGACAGGAACGGGGAUUAUGAGUGCAUUGCUCACCAUAACAGCUCAGAAGAGAACAAAUGGAGCAACAGGGCCACUCUUUCUGUGUCAGCACGCACUUUGAAAGCCAAUAAACCCAGGCCCACGCUGACUGCCAAUAACACAACCGUAACAGGAAAGGGAAGCUUAGCAAUGAUCUGCUCUGUGGAUAACGCAGCUGAGUGGAGAUACGACUGGUUCAAAAGAAACUCAGCUCAGAUCCUAAGAUAUAAUGAAACAGAUGAUAAAAUCCGCAUCUCAGAGGAAGGCAUCUACAACUGCAGAGGACGGAGAGGAGACACAACUUUCCUCACAGAGGACAGCAACCUAGUCACAAUUAAGAACAGAGAUUCCCACAAGGCGUCUGUGGCCCUGCAACCUGACUGGUCUCUGGUAUUCAGUGGUGAGAUGGUCACUGUCCGGUGUGAGGUCCCUGCAGAUGUACUGACUGAGUGGGAGUAUGAAUGGACCAAACCCAACUCCAAUACGGUUCCAAAACACAAUGAAUACAGGAUUGUCAAUGCGUCCUCGUCCGACAGUGGAAGCUACAGCUGUUUGGCUAAAGACAAGAAGAACUUGAAUUCCACAACCGAGUGGAGCGAUGACAUCACAUUAACAGUUUAUGAAAGACCAGCAGCUAACCUGAGUGCUGACCACAGAGCCUUUCCAGUAGGGGGCAGUGUGCUCCUGACCUGCUCCGUGGGCCCAGCAUCACAUGGCUGGAAUUAUUAUUGGUACAGAGGUGAGAAAACCUCGGAGCCCCUGAAGGAUGAGGAUUUCAAGUCAAAUGGACAAAGUGGUAGUGCCUCACGUGAAGGACUGUACUGGUGCAGAGGAGGAAAAGGAUAUCCAGUUUACUACACCCAGUACAGUAACUCAGUCGGGAUUCAUGGAAUUGUCAACAACAGAGCUGCUGUGACUCUUCAACCCAACUGGCCGAACAGAUACAGAGGAGAAACCGUCACACUGAGGUGUGAGAUCCAGGGAGGAGACUCUGAGUGGGAGUAUGAAUGGACAGCAACCAGCUCACGUGCAGCUCCCAACACAAAGGCAUUCAGGAUGAGUCUGGGGUCACAUCUGAGCGGCAGCUACUGGUGUCAGGGCCGACUGAAAGGUGCACGACAGAAUUCAACAGGAUGGAGUGUUCCCCUCACGUUGUCUAAUGCGGCUGCACCACGACCUGUCGUCACUGUGUCUCCGUUAUGGCUGACUCGUGGAGCCUCAGUGACUCUCACCUGUGGGGUUCCACAUCCGACUGCAGGAUGGAGGUUCUACUGGUACAGAGCUGACCCGACUUCUUCGUAUCUGGUCCGCAGACAUCGAGAUACACUUGACAUCCAGGAUAGACUCUUUUCAAUGCAGGACCGGGGUUUUCCUAAAAAAAGGUACCCCCAACUGAUAUUUAUGGACAUUCUUAAGUCCAUUUAUGAGCUGCUCCCAGGAAGCAGCGGAGGGACUGAACAAAACUCUUUCGUCAUCCAAGGCCUGACGGAGUCAGCAGGUUAUGCAUGUCGAGCUGGAAGAGGAGACCCUGUGUUUUACACUGAGUACAGUGAUCCAAAAUGGGUCUGGUCUCUGGAUUCCAAUUCGUCAGUGUCUCUCACAGUGAGGCCGGACACAGUGCAGCACUUCAGACAUGACGAGAUCCAUCUGACCUGCAAUGGAAACUCUGAUAAGUGCAGAUUUUGGAGGUUUACUAGAGACAGAUUGUCCUACUCUCAGGAGACAAUCACAAGCUUCACAUGGGCCAUGGAAGAUCUUCCUUCUGGAGUUUACUGGUGUGGAUCUGGAUCAGAGCUCAGCAACGCAGUCAACAUCACUACAGAUUCAGAUCGUGUUAUCCUGGAGAGCCCUGUCCAUCCUGUGACUGGGGGACAGUCUGUUACUCUCGGCUGCUCAUGGUUAAGAAGAAACCUUGAUUCCAGCUUCUCUUUCUACAAAAAUGGUGAACUCCUCCAAAGCGAUGUCAGUUCGAAACUGGAAAUCUCAGCUGUGUCAAAAUCAGAUGAAGGUUUCUACAAGUGUGAACAUUCAGGAUUCUUCUCACCGGAGCGUUGGAUAUCAGUAAAAUAUUCAGAUCGUGUUAUCCUGGAGAGCCCUGUCCAUCCUGUGACUGGGGGACAGUCUGUUACUCUCGGCUGCUCAUGGUUCAGAAGAAACCUUGAUUCCAGCUUCUCUUUCUACAAAAAUGGUGAACUCCUCCAAACUGAUGUCAGUUCGAAACUGGAAAUCUCAGCUGUGUCAAAAUCAGAUGAAGGUUUCUACAAGUGUGAACAUUCAGGAUUCUUCUCACCGGAGCGUUGGAUAUCAGUAAAAUCACCUCCCUGUACGUCUCCUGUGCCGCUGGUCGUUGGGCUGGUUGGUGGCAUCACACUGAUUUGCUUCCUCUCGCUGCUGCUGUUGUGUUGGUGCAGGUAUUCAAAGAAUCUGUGUUGUGACAGGCUCAGCCAGUCUCUGAGAACCAAUCAGAGCUCAGACCCAGCUGUCCAUCACAAUGAAAUCCAGCUUCAAUUGUACUCGUCUCUUCUCCACGGUGACGAGUGCAUCUAUGAAUCAAUCAGAGGAGACACAGAGGAAGGAACCCGGGGUGAUCCAGAGGAGACGUCUGACUACGUUAAUGAAAAUCCACAUUCAGCUACAGGACCACGAUGAAUGGUGCAUCCUCCAGAAAACAAGAACAUGGAAAUCAACAUUCAUCCUUAAACACCUUCACAUAUUAGAAUCACCAGUUUUUUAAUAGCUCGUUGGAAAGAACGACAUGAUCUGGUUUGCAUUUCUUCAUGAAUGAAAAAAUAAAUGCUGUGAUAUUUGCUUUUGUGUUUACGUUCAAUAUUUCAAUUGGCUGAUAUGGGCCUUUAAGAUAUGCACCAAUAUGAAAAGGUUUAUUUUACAGGAUAAACAAUGUGCAUUAAGAUUUUAUUUUACAUUGACAUUUUUUUUGUCUUAAUUCAAGUUCUAUAUAUUCUAUCAUAUUUGUGUAUUCUUUCAAUUCAUCUUGAUUUCUUUGAAAAAUAUUGUUGUACUCAAGCUUUAUUGCCAAUCACUUGUUUAUUGCCAACAAGUGAUAAUUUUUACUCCUUGAUAUCAGUAUUGGCAUUGGCCCUGUAAUAGAAAUGUGAGACCCAUGUUGUAGUUGGAAAUUAAGCUUUUGCAGCCCUGUCUAAAUAUUUUAUGGCAUGGACUGUUUUAUGGCCUGAAAACUGUCAGACCCUUUAGACUCCCUAAAGAACUGAAUGUAUGUCUUUAUCUCCAAAGGAAGCAUAUGUAAAUCAGUUGUCAGUGUUCAGAUUCCUCUCCAAUCCUACGCUUACAGAACCAGUUUGGAUUGGUUCAGAGAGACAGCCCUAGUCCUCCUAUAUAAGAUCAUUGUAUUUGACUGUCCUGCAUCUUCACUCUAAGAUCCUUGUGGUUUCUCUGUUGAUCCUUUCUGCAGAGAGCCCCUUAUUAAAUGCACAAAGACAAA